UUGAUAAGGAACAAGCCGGCAGACGGCAGCAUUGAACCAUAUGAUAACUAGAAUGCUCAUCACACAGUGUUGCUCGAAAGAGACUGUUAGACUGCCGGCCCGUUUUCUGCGUAGGUAUUACACAGUUACUGACAUACAUGAAUAGUGUUUAUUUUGUCGUUCGGUGUAUGUGAGUUUCAGUCGUUUCGGAAGAAAUUUUCCAUUGAUCUACUUUUUUUUCUUUCUUCCCGACGCCGUACGUCGAUUUUUGAUUGUUACGUUUUCAAGUCUCCAACAUGAACCCAAAAUCCAAUGAAAACGAAGAACACGUUGAUUCCAGUUCUGAAGUCGAAGAUCAGGAAAAGGAAUACACUGUUGAAAAAAUAAUCGACAAACGGAAAAGAUACGGAAAAGUUGAGUACCUCCUGAAAUGGACUGGCUACAGUGAUUUAGAUAAUACAUGGGAGCCAGAAGAAAAUCUUCAUUGUGGAGAACUUGUUGAAGAAUUUGAAGAAAAAUUAAAACAAGAGAUGAAGAAAACCCAACCAGAGCGUAGUCAUAAACAGACAUUAUCAUCUAAUUCAACCGUUAAGUUAGGGUUCCCGAAAAUCGUUAUCAAUUAUUAUGAAGAAAGAAUUCAAUCAUCGCAAUCUUCUAAAAAUUCAAAUGGUGUUGUAGAUAUUGAAGAACCAUACGAUAGCAUUGAGGAGCAUUGUGCACAAUAUGUAACUGGUUAUAUUAUAGCAAAUAGGUUUUCUGACAAAUUUCCCCAUUUAAUAGGCACACACGACAUAGACACAAUGAGUAGGACAAUAUUUAUGUCUAGAGGAAGAUCCAAUGAAAACGAAGAACACGUUGAUUCCAGUUCUGAAGUCGAAGAUCAGGAAAAGGAAUACACUGUUGAAAAAAUUUUGGAUAAGCGGAAAAGAUACGGAAAAGUUGAGUACCUCCUGAAAUGGACUGGCUACAGUGAUUUAGAUAAUACAUGGGAGCCAGAAGAAAAUCUUCAUUGUGGAGAACUUGUUGAAGAAUUUGAAGAAAAAUUAAAACAAGAGAUGAAGAAAACCCAACCAGAGCGUAGUCAUAAACAGACAUUAUCAUCUAAUUCAACCGUUAAGUUAGGGUUCCCGAAAAUCGUUAUCAAUUAUUAUGAAGAAAGAAUUCAAUCAUCGCAAUCUUCUAAAAAUUCAAAUGGUGUUUAACUGAUGAUGACAAUGAUGACAAGUGUUGAAAAGAGAUGACUAUUAUUUUAUAUUAAAUCCUAUUGUAUAUUUCUUCAAUUAUUUUAUUUUAUUGUUACACAUGACAGGAUAUGCCUUACAGUUACAUUGUAUUAUUAAUUCACCAAUUAUUAACAAUUUAAAUGUUAGUAACUAAUUACUUUCAUAAAAUGGAAUUUUUUUUAUUUUUGAUUAACAGUUUUAUAAAAGUAUUUUCUAAAUUGUUUAUACUUCAAUUAAUGUUAUCAUACAACUUAUUUAUUUUGAAAUUUGUCAUUAUUGAAUCAUUAAAGUUUAACUUAAAUAAUA